UCCAGCAGCUUCUGCGUCACUUCACUCCAUCUCCCACCGCCGAUCAUGGCGGAGCUGCAGCCCCAGCGCGAAGUGGAGCCCCAACUUCUCAACGGGGCCGACCUGACCGAGGAAAAGGAGGAUGCAGACGCCCCGGAGUCGGUCAAGAAGAAGAGAAGAAAGAAGAGGAGGAGCAAGACCACCGCAGCAGCAGGGACAAACGACGCUGAUGGGGAUGGAGGAGAAGCCGGAGGUGUGGGUGAUGUGACGAAAGAGCUGGAGCAGCAGACGCUGGAGGAGAAAGAGAGGGCCGAGGAUGCAGAAGAAGAUGGUGAAGAAGGAGAGAACUCAUCUGGUAAAAAGAAGAGGAAGAAGAAGAAGAAGAAAGCAUUGAAGGGACAGACUGACCCUCCCACAGUCCCUAUUUGUGAGCUCUAUCCCAGUGGAGACUUUCCAAAGGGAGAGGAGUGUGAAUAUCCCCCAUCAAAAGACGGGCGCAGCGCCGCAUGGCGAACCACCAGCGAGGAGAAGCGGACUUUGGACAGAGCCAACGAGGAGAUGUGGAGUGAUUUCCGGCAGGCGGCCGAGGCGCACCGGCAGGUCCGCUCUUACGUCCGGAGCUGGAUCAAACCAGGGAUGACCAUGAUUGACAUCUGUGAGAAGCUGGAGGACUGCUCCCGCAGGCUCAUCAAGGAAAACGGGCUGAACGCCGGCCUGGCCUUCCCCACCGGCUGCUCCAUCAACCACUGCGCCGCCCACUACACCCCCAACGCAGGAGACCCCACCGUGCUCCGCUACGACGACGUCUGUAAGGUCGACUUUGGGACUCACAUCAACGGCCGGAUAAUAGACUGCGCCUUCACCGUCACUUUCAAUCCAAAGUACGACCGACUGCUGGAGGCUGUGAAAGAUGCGACCGACACUGGCAUCAGGUUUGCUGGAAUUGAUGUGCGCCUGUGCGACGUUGGCGAGACCAUCCAGGAGGUCAUGGAGUCUUACGAGGUGGAGAUAGAUGGGAAAACAUAUCAAGUGAAGCCAAUCAGGAAUCUCAACGGCCACUCCAUCGGACAGUACCGGAUACACUCAGGGAAGACGGUCCCCAUUGUAAAAGGCGGAGAGGCGACAAGGAUGGAGGAAGGUGAAGCUUACGCCAUUGAGACAUUCGGCAGUACCGGCAGAGGAGCUGUCCACGAUGACAUGGAGUGCUCACAUUACAUGAAAAACUUCAACGUGGGACAUGUGCCAAUAAGGCUUCCAAGGGCUAAGCAUCUGCUGAACGUGAUCAAUGAGAACUUUGGCACCUUGGCCUUCUGCCGCCGCUGGCUGGACCGCCAGGGCGAGAGCAAGUACCUGAUGGCGCUGAAAAACCUGUGCGACCUGGGGAUCAUAGACCCGUACCCGCCUCUCUGCGACAUCAAGGGCAGCUACACCGCCCAGUACGAGCACACCAUCCUACUCAGGCCCACCUACAAGGAGGUCGUGAGCCGGGGGGACGACUAUUGAGCAUGCGCCGGAAAACUCAAGGCGAACCUGGAGGAGCAUGACAUCUCAGCGACAACGAACCUCUUCAAACUGACGGCAAUUAUGCAAUAAUUCCCUCGUGUACAUUUUCCCUCCUCGAACACCUUUAGGUAAUCUUAAGUCAUGGCUGAAGCUUUUAAAUUUUUCUUUUUUUCUUUAAAAGGAUCAAGCCAGUAGAAUAAGGGCAUAUCGUUAAUACGUGUAGCGUUGUCAGUUUAGUUAAACCCUUGCUGCUUUUAGGAUAUAUGCAAAAAAAAAACGACAAAAAAACAUUUAUGCAAAAAAAAGGUUUGGAUGUGCAGCUCUCCUAAAAAUGUUAAGCUUUAUUGCCUCGUUAAAACCUUACAAGGAUUUAAAAACAAAAAACUGCUAUGAAAUAUUUCUAUUUCUAUAUUUUGUUGCUGUAUUUUAAUUUAAGGCAGUUUUAUAAGAAAUAAAUUGUUAUAAAUCUUG